UCGUUCACUUCCACCAUUAGAGGGAGACCUCACAGCGCAGACAGACAAGUCCACAGCUUCAAUAAAAAAUUGUAUUUUUUUCUGAGCGGGAGCCCUAUUCACUGACUGAGAACAAGGCUUAGGCGAUACUUAUACUCAAUAUCCACCUCAGCAAUCCAUGAAAAUGCUCUGGAAAUUAACUGAUAACAUUAAAUAUGAAGAAUGUGAGAUGUUGGUGCACAGUUUUUCCGCGAUGGACCGCCACGACGGCGGCAGCAACGGGACAGCUCGGCUACCUCAGCUGGGUGGCGUUGGCCAGAGUCCGUACACGAGCGCCCCGCCGCUCUCCCACACGCCCAACUCCGACUUCCAGCCUCCAUACUUCCCGCCACCCUACCAGCCCAUCUACCCGCAGUCUCAGGACCCGUACUCGCACGUCAACGACCCGUACUCUCUGAACUCCCUGCACGCCCAGCAGCAGCCCCAGCACCCGGGCUGGCCGGGCCAGAGGCAGAGCCAAGAGAGCAGUUUGCUCCACCAGCACCGCGGCUUGCCCCACCAACUGUGUCGGGAGUAUCGCAGGGAGGUUCUCCUACCUUCGGGCCACGGACUUGAUUCGGGACUGUCAGAUUCUAUCCCUAUUCAUGGAAUACCUCAUUCUUUAGAAGACGUCCAGCAUGUCGAGGACCAAGGAAUCCACAUUCCCGACCAGACAGUAAUUAAAAAAGGUCCAGUUUCUCUUUCCAAGAACAACAACGUCUCUGCCAUCCAGAUAAAUAAGGACGGCCUCUUCGGCGGCGUGGUGAACCCCAACGAGGUGUUCUGCUCGGUUCCGGGUCGCCUCUCCCUGCUCAGCUCCACAUCAAAGUACAAGGUCACUGUGGCGGAAGUACAGAGACGCCUCUCGCCACCCGAGUGCCUCAACGCUUCUUUGCUGGGAGGGGUUCUGAGAAGGGCCAAGUCUAAGAAUGGAGGAAGAUCCUUAAGGGAGAAAUUGGAUAAAAUUGGCUUAAAUCUACCUGCUGGCAGACGCAAGGCGGCGAACGUUACCCUGUUGACGUCACUAGUCGAAGGCGAAGCCGUACAUCUUGCCAGGGAUUUUGGUUAUGUAUGCGAGACAGAGUUUCCAGCCAAGGCAGUAGCUGAAUAUGUAAACCGUCAGCAUUCCGACCCAAACGAACAAGUCCAAAGAAAAAAUAUGCUAUUGGCAACGAAGCAAAUUUGCAAAGAAUUCACAGACCUGCUUUCCCAGGACCGCUCGCCGUUGGGGAAUUCUCGACCACAGCCUAUUCUUGAACCCGGGAUUCAGAGCUGCUUGACCCAUUUCAGUCUAAUUUCUCACGGAUUCGGGACCCCCGCAAUGUGCGCGGCCCUCACCGCCCUCCAGAACUACCUAACCGAGGCUGUAAAGGCCAUGGACAAAAUGUACCUCAACAACAACCCAAACAGUCACUCAGACAGCGGGUCGAAAGGCGGAGACAAAGACGAGAAGCACAGAAAGUGAUUCCCAUCACCUGCCAAGUUGCCCAGUCGUCGCCCCCCCCCCCCCCCAACCCCCCGCCCCAAAGCCCCCACCCAAUAUAAAUAUUAUAAAUACAUCAAACAUAUUAUUGAUCGAGUUGAACGUGCCAUUUCCUGGUCUCGCACCGAUUUACGUUUGUUUAUACUCCACCACUUCUACUUUGGAUUCAUGAGGAUUGGAAGCAAGAGUUUUCUUCCGAGCAUCCACCAAUAGGAAACAGGCCUGUUCAAAAGAGAGAGAAAAAAUAAGCCACGCCACAGAGGAACUUCUAGCCGGUGGGAGACGAGGCGUCCUGCAGCAUCCGGAAGACCUUUUUCUAUGUAGGCCUACUCCCCUUAUUUUUAUGAGCUACAACGAACGGACUGAAAACACAGAGACCCUAAUUCUACGAUUGUAGCCAUGUGACAACAAAAAAAAGCAAAAGAGGAUGAAUUCUUAUCAGUAUUGUGAAUAAUAAACUUGAAAAAAGAAAUUCUCCAUAGCUCCAUGUCAUCAGUCGUAGACUCACCCUCUUCAAGCGACCAACUUGAACUUUUGAAUUUCAACACGAUUCACGGUUAUAUAAGGGAAUCAGUGUUCAUGUAUGUAUAUAUUUAUUUAUGUGUAAUUUAAUGGGAAUUGUAAAUAUGGUGCGUCUGUUGAAACUUCUUUUUUAUUUAUCUGGUGCCUCCUGUUUUAGUGGGUUUGGAUAUUCGGUUAGUUCUUCAUGUGAUUUUAUGGUUCUUAGAAAACUGAAGUUUGGGGUAUUUUCUCUGGGAUAUUUCAAUUCAGCCCUCUUGUAGCAUGUUGAGGCGACAUUGAAGCAAGUGAACAAAUUUAAUAAAAAUAAACUUCAAUUUCUCUCUCUAUAUAUAUCAUCCUUAUUCAGUUUUUUUAAGUGAGGAAGAGCAUACGUGAGACCCCGCCAAGAAAUGUCUUUGUGUUUCUAUUUUGUUGUUUUUCUACAAGCUUUUAUGUGUCGUGCCAUUCAGAAUACGUUUCACCUCUCGUUCUCUCCUUGAAGCACCAUAAAAGCAAUAAAUUGAUUAUUGUCUUUUUUAAUGUUUGAAAACAUUGAAAAACAUUUUGGGACCACCUGGUAUAUUGUUAUGUCCGAUUAUGUCCGAAAUUGGAGGCGGUUUUAGCUGUAUUGUAUAGACACGUGCUGGCAAUAGUUCCCAUGCCUGUCAAUGUAUUAUAGUCCUUUGUUGCCCAGAAAAAAAUAAAUAUUUGAUACGCUU